CGUAGCGUCUCUGAAGAAGGCGGUCCCCAUGAACAUGUCAGUGUUGACUUUGCAAGAAUACGAAUUUGAAAAGCAAUUCAACGAGAAUGAAGCCAUUCAAUGGAUGCAGGAAAACUGGAAAAAAUCAUUCCUGUUCUCAGCUCUGUAUGCUGCCUUCAUAUUUGGUGGUCGAUACCUAAUGAACAAACGGGCAAAGUUUGAACUGAGGAAACCACUAGUUCUCUGGUCACUGAGCCUUGCAGCUUUCAGUAUAUUCGGUGCUCUUCGAACCGGUGCUUAUAUGGUGUACAUUUUGAUGACCAAAGGACUGAAGCCGUCAGUAUGUGACCAGAGUUUUUACAAUGGACCUGUCAGCAAAUUCUGGGCUUAUGCAUUUGUGCUAAGCAAAGCACCCGAAUUAGGAGACACGAUAUUCAUUGUUCUUAGGAAACAGAAGCUCAUCUUCCUACACUGGUACCACCACAUUACCGUGCUGCUGUAUUCUUGGUACUCUUAUAAGGACAUGGUGGCCGGGGGCGGCUGGUUCAUGACUAUGAACUACGGAGUCCACGCGAUGAUGUACUCUUAUUACGCCCUGCGGGCCGCGGGCUUCCGGGUCUCACGCAAAUUCGCCAUGUUCAUCACGUUGUCCCAGAUCAGCCAGAUGCUGAUGGGCUGUGUGGUGAACUACCUGGUCUUCUCCUGGAUGCAACAGGGCCAGUGUCCAUCUCAUGUUCAGAACAUCAUCUGGUCCUCCCUCAUGUACCUCAGCUACUUCGUGCUCUUCUGCCACUUCUUCUUUGAGGCCUACAUCGGCAAAACGAGGAAAGCAGCGAAGGUCGACUAGGGCUGGAACUGAAGAGGAAGCCACAGCUCAGGGUCAUCAAGAAAAACAGACAAAAAUGGCACAAGGAAUUAUACACACACGUGCGCAUAUGCACACACACAA